AGUGGUGACAGUUAGACAGUGUUAACACUGUGUAGUGGUUACAGUUAGACAGUGUUAACAUUCAGACAGUGGUGACAGUUAGACAGUGUUAACACUCAGACAGUGGUGACAGUUAGACAGUGUUAACACUGUUUCUAGUGGUGACAGUUAGACAGUGUUAACACUGUGACAGUGGUGACAGUUAGACAGUGUUAACACUGUGUAGUGGUGACAGUUAGACAGUGUUAACACUGUGCUAGUGGUGACAGUGGGAUAGUGGUGACACUGGGCAAGUGGUAACCCUUUGACAGCGAUAACACUGGGGGCCAGAGAUGAGGACAUUAACCUGCUGGUGAUCGUGUUGGAUGUGAAUCCCAUAUGGUGGGGAACAAGAAAACUCCAAAACCUGGAGUUUACACUGCCACGUUGUGUGGAUGCUGUGAUGGUCUUCGCCAACUCCCAUCUGGCAAUGAGCAGGAACCAUCGGCUUGCAGUCAUCGCAAGCCACAACCAAGAGAGUCGGUUCCUGUACCCGGCGAGUGGGACAGCCACGGAGCAACAGGCGAGUGAUGCGGGGGAUUCGGCUGGCCCACGUGACGGCCGCUGUGAGCUGCUGGCGACCGCCAACCACGCCAUCGCCACCCAGAUCACGGCAUUGCUUGCCAACACUGAAGUGACAGCAGAUAUGAGGUCUGAUUCACUUUUGGCUGGAUCUUUGGCAAAGGCGCUGUGUUACAUUCACAGAAUCAUGAAAGAGAAUGAAGGGGCAGGACAAGAUGUAAAGUCCAGAAUUCUGGUGAUUAAAGCUGCGGACGACAGUGCUUCUCAGUACAUGAACUUCAUGAAUGUCAUUUUUGCAGCACAGAAACAGAAUAUAUUUAUUGAUGCCUGUGUUUUGGGAUCAGACUCAGGUCUUCUGCAACAGGCAUGUGACAUCACAGGUGGCAUCUAUCUGCAAGUUCCACAGAUAGCAGCCUUAUUGCAAUAUUUGCAGUGGGUUUUCCUCCCAGACCCUGAGCUGCGUGCCAGCUUGGUCCUCCCACCCCCCGUGCAGGUGGACUACCGCGCUGCCUGCUUCUGCCAUCGCAACCUCAUCGCCAUCGGCUACGUCUGCUCUGUUUGCCUCUCCAUUUUCUGCACCUUUAGCCCAAUCUGCACAACUUGCGAGACAGCAUUCCGGCUGGCUCUACCUCUUGGACUCAAAACCAAGAAGAAGAAAUCAAAACUUCCAUCUGGGCUGACGUCUUAGACAUGCCAACAGAAUGUGCAUGUGCACUGUGUAUACGUACACGACGCUACGUUAAGCAUUGUGUACAUUCUUAUUUCAGAUUUACCCCUGCCCCUCCCCCGCUGGCAAAGUCACAUUUAUUGCAUUUGGCAUACAGAUGCAACAAGUGACCCACACGUGCUUUGCAAGAACCACCUUGGAGGUGUUGGGAGUUACUGCAGGUUCCACUGACCAACCCCGGACAUAUUUCUCAAAGUCAGCCUUGGUCUGUCAGUAACGUGCAGUUGUAUUGAGCCAUAAAAUAAGCCAAUUAAUGUAAAAAUUUGAUUUAGCUUGUGAAUAACAACAACAUAUGUAUGAUCUUCAUUUGAAGCUUGCUUUCGUGACUGCAGGAAUCCAUACUCUUUGGUUCUUUCAGUAAAGUUACGUAGGUAUAUAUGUUAUUUUAUACCUACAUGACUUUACCGAAAGAACCAAAGAACAUGUAUGUUGAACUUCUUUUGCACCGUGCGUAGCCAACCGUGCUAAUUGGAGGUACGGGGAAGAACAAACUAAACACAAAAGGCAGUUCUAAUGAAAUGAGUUUUCAAUUUAGAUUUAAAAGUUCGUAGCUCCAGUAGCUUACUAAUAUUGGAUGGAAGAGCGUUCCAGACAGCCGCAGAAGCGCAUCUGAGAGUGCGCGAAGCAGUGACCGUUUUUGUAAACCUAAAAUAAGGCAAUAGGUAUCGUGACGUCUUCGCACUGACUUGGGAGUCAUUGCGGUGCUGCCACGGAUAGGGGCAGCACUUUGAAUAGCAUUGAGGUUGCCUCAGCGAGGGGGCCAGCGAUAAGUUGGAGAACAGUGGGGUGGGGGGUUACUGAAGAGGGGGAGGUCAACAGGGUUUACAGCGAGGUUGACACGAUGCAGCACACCUCGCAGUUGCGAUAUCUCUCAAAACAGCCACCCAGGGCUACAGAAUUUUCAAGUUAAUAAGGCAAGGUUUCAUGUGGAGGGGCUAGGGGGAAACGGGUGGCCUACGUGACGAGCAGUGUUGGGGGGGGGGGGGGGUUAAAAGUAGGAGGAGUGUUGGGAGCCCACGGACAGGGAGAAGACCCGCGCGGUCUGCUGUCCGGCUGUGGUCGGUAAGAGGCUGGGUUAAACACCGGCGAUUUAACGGAGAGUAAUCGCAUUCAAGAGAAUUCCUUUCAUCUGUGAAAACUGUGUACAUAUCAUUAAUUGUAGUUGACCGAUUACAUACUUUUCUGAGUUUAAUAAAUUUUCAAGUUUU